CUGCUAUAAAGCACACCUAUCCUGGCUGCUGUCAACAAAGAGAUGUCUGCAUCUGAAGUUUCAAGAUCUCGAAUACGAUUAUGGCUCCAUCCCUGGAAGCAUUGUCCGAGGAACUCCUCGUCCGCAUCAUCUCUCUCACACCCCGACAUGCUCUGCACGCUGUUGCUCUCACGUCCCGAACACUUAACCGCCUCGCAACUCCCGCCUUGUACUCCAACAUCGAUCUCGAAGGCUCCAACGGUGCAUCUGGAACCAAGUUUCUCAUCCCUUUAACUUACCAUCUUCUCAAAAAUACCAGUCUGGCGGCCAUGGUCCAGACCUUCGCCAUGCGCGAUAUGUUCAGUUCCGAGGAUGAAGGCGACCUCGUGCCCCUCUGUGAAGGGCGAGAUUCCAAUUCCAGAAAGGGGGGGCCAGACGACCAAAUGGAUGUAGACUCUCUGCUUAUGAAGGCCGUUGCUGAUGUAGAGGAUGCAAAAGAGGAGGAAAAAUUAUUCAAGAUUGUCUUAGAGGGAAGUGAUGAAGGUUUGAUCAUCGCACUUCUAAUUUCAAAACUGCCAAACUUGAGGAGAUUGCAAAUUGUUGGAGACAUGAUGGAUGCCCAGGAAAGGAUUCUACAUUUCAUACAGAGGAUAUCAAGACGAGAUACGCCGUUCGAUAAGAAGCCAGUGUUGACGAAGUUGACAGACGUUCUGAUAAGUGGCUGGGAUGAGAAAUACCCCAACCCACCCGACAUGAUUGGCGCUUAUAUGGAACUACCAUCGAUUCGCCGUGUCCAUUGUUAUCAACUCGGAAAUAACGAGCAGGAUGCAGUGACGGAAAGCCUUGGUACGCUUGGAAUAGCUACGUCGCCGGUCGAGGAGCUUGAACUGCGGGGAUCCCAACUCUAUGCUGCAGACCUUGACAAAAUCUUGAAGUCGUGUCGCAAUCUCAAGACGUUCAUCUAUGAGGUCGGUCAUGCAUGGGCUUGGUAUACCGUGCGAACAUCUGAUAUUAUGGAUUCGAUGAAGGCCGUUGAAAAAACGCUCGAGAAUCUGGUGCUCGAUCACUCUGAGUACAUUGGUGACGCUGCUGAAGACAUCGACCAUUUGAGUGCUCUAUCGCUGGCUGCGUUCGAUAAACUGAGAUAUUUGAAGAUCUCGGCGAUGUUUUUGGGAGGUUUCAAAAAGGAAGUAAAAUAUGAUUUGGGGCGAACCUUCCCAGCUUCGUUGGAGGAGUUGCAUGUUACAUAUGUGGGAGAUCAAACUUACUGCCCGUCAUGGAUCCCAGCUGCGCUACAGGAUGUCAUUGAAAGAAAAGAGACUGUGUUCCCAGCGAUGAUGAAGUUGACUUUACAAGGAGCGUUCUUGACAAAUGCAGAUCGCUUGGAUGCAAUUAAGGCGCUUGUUCAAACGGCGAGAAAGAAGGGCGUGGAAAUUGUGAUCCUGGCUGAAGAUGGGGAUACGACUGAUGCAUGGGAUAGGGUACACGAGCGGGGCUACGGACUCCAUGGUGAGAUAGAGUGGAGUGGUUAUCGAUCAGAUAUGAUACCCGAUUUGGUUGUCGUGGAUGUUGAGGGUCGUGGGUGGUGAAGUGACCUUGGAUUGAGGGGAGGACCUGGCUGCGGGGCGUUUUGUUGUUGGGCAAGCCUCUGGAUUGGAGAUAGCGGAUUUCAAAAAAUUAGAUAUAGUGACUAGAUCUUCAAAGUCUGAUUUGCCAUCA